UUGGAGUAAGGGUGUCUUCUUCACCUAUCCAACAAAACUUUCAAACUCUCACUUAUAGUUAUAGUUGAGUUUUGAGAGAGAGGGAGAGAGAUGGGGAGAGCUCCAUGUUGUGAGAAAGAGAAAGUGAAGAAAGGGCCAUGGUCACCUGAAGAAGAUGAGAAGCUUAAGUCUUAUAUCCAUCUCCAUGGAGCUGUUUCCAAUUGGAUUGCCCUUCCCCACAAAAUAGGGUUGAAGAGAUGUGGAAAGAGUUGCAGGCUAAGAUGGUUGAAUUAUUUGAGGCCAAAUAUAAAACAUGGAGGAUUCUCGGAGGAAGAAGACAACAUCAUUUGUAGCCUUUUCAUUAGCAUUGGCAGCAGGUGGUCGAUAAUUGCAGCGCAGUUACCAGGAAGAACGGACAACGAUAUAAAAAAUUAUUGGAACACAAGACUGAAGAAGAAACUCCUUGGAACUCCCAAACAAUACUUCUCCAACAUCAACAAGUUAUCAUCGCACGGCAACUACAGAGAUACUGCACAGGCAUUGACAAACUCAGGCAUUGAAAGGCUUCAGCUUCAAAUGCAGCUCCAUCAAAGCACUUUUUCUUUCAACAACGCCUCAACGCUCUGGCCUCCCAUGCCGGUCGGGGAAGUUAAGGUAGCCCGAACUGGCCAAUUGGCCAACCAUAACCAUGUUGAUGGUGCCUCCUGUAGAGUAGGUACCCCUAUGUUGGAAGGCUAUGCCAUGAAUUGCAGGUCGAUGAAGAGUCCGACGGUCAGUUCGAGCUCGACGGAGUUAGGAAGGUUGGAAGGUGGAGGAGGAAGAGGGGGGGUUGAGUUUGUGAAGGGAAUGGAUGGUUCGAAGGAGAGUUUGUAUUGGUGGGGUUAUGAUUUUGAUGCAAAAUCUGGAGGAGCGACAAAACUGUGGGAGACGGCUGCUUCAGUUGAUGUUCAAUUGGAAGAGAUUUUUAAGGAAUUCGAACAGUUUAGUCACAGCCUUUAGGGAAAUUAAAUGAUGUUUGUAAUUAUUGUUACAAAAAUGAUGAGAGAGAGAGAGAGAUGUUAAUUACUAAGUUUUGUAAAUUGUGUGAAUAAUAAUGGGUGUGUAUUUUGUUAGCUUUCUUGCACAAAUUUCUGAUUAGAUAUAUAUGAAUUCACAGAUUGGUGGUUUCAA